AUGGAUGGUGAACGAGGAGCUCUUAACGGCAAAAGCAGCAGUGCCAACUAUGGAACUAUUGAUAAUGAAGCGGGGUCAAGUACACAGCAAAUUCAGGAAGUUCACAUCGACCCCCACGGUUGGUCGUUCAUUAAACAUAAAUUUCGUGAACCUUUUGCCGAGUUUUUAGGCACCUUUACACUGGUGACCUUUGGGGUUGGUAGUAUCGCUCAGACUGUGCUCAUGUUUCGGUAUGUCGAUAACGCUUUUGAUGAAGAGAUGUCUCAGUACCUACACAUUUUUCAAUACCUUGACGCGAAAAAACAGGGAGGACAUUUGAAUCCGGCCGUCACAAUCACCCUUGCCGUCUAUCGUAGCUUCCCUUGGUUGAAAGUUCCCAUUUACAUCCUCGCCCAAACUACUGGCGCUUUCGUAGCUGCGGCUGUUAUCUACCUGAAUUAUCAUUCUGCUCUCGCAAACUUUGACGGAGGACAACGUAUCGUUUCUGGUGCAAAUGCCACAGCCGGGAUAUUCGCAACCUAUCCUGCUCCGUUCAUGGGCAUCAUAGGUUCAUUCUUUUCCGAAGCACUUGGCACCUUCUUUCUAUUGUUGGUUAUUCUUUCCGUGACCGAUAACGUUCGUAAUCAUCCAAGCACCACCAUCGUGGCACCUCUCACGAUCGGUUUAGGACUUUUCACCAUCGCCAUUUCCCUUGGUUACGAAACAGGAUUUGCACUGAAUGGAGCUCGCGACUUCGGCCCUCGUUUGUUUACAUUUUUAGUUGGUUAUGGGGUGGAAGUGUUCACCACGUCUCAUUUUUACUUUUGGGUGCCAUUGGUUGCUCCGGUGAUUGGUGGCUUAUCAGCAGGGUUCGUUUAUGAUUCUAUGAUCUAUUGGGGCAAGUCACCUUUGAAUCGCAACUAG